AUGCCCUUUUAUCAACUGCUUUAUUCUGAAGAAACAAAAAAUUGGAGAGGCCUACUUGAAUAUAUUAGGAGUAAUGUGCCGGCAUAUAUUAAUGCUGCAUAUGCCUCUGUAAUGAAAUCUAUUGACGUAAAGUUAAAAGAAUUCGUUGAGGGUGUUGUUUUAGAAGAAGGACAAAUGAUCCAAUUUUGUAAAGUUCAUGACGUAGAAGGUACUCCUUCAUCAUAUGGUAAAGUCUAUCAUGCUGAAUGUCGAAAUGAUAAUAUAUAUUUGAUGGCAACAAUUAAGAAAGGACAAAAGGCGGCUGCUGGUGAAUUAACUGUAGAAGUCCUGCUAGUAGAGCAGGAGAUUCUUAAAAUAAUAGAAAUUGUUUUAGAACACUUGAAGAUUAAAGGAAUUUAUUUUCCUUAUAAUUCAUUGUGGAACAAAUUACGAAAUUCCUAUGACAUACCACGACAACGUGUAGGCCAGGUGGUUCAAUUGGUGAAAAAUCACGUUUUUGUCUCGAAAAAACAUCUCCUUGAAAAUGAUUAUGAUUUUGAAACAUUAAUGGAUAAAGAAAAUAUCGUAGCUGAAUAUGAUCUGCAAGAUAUUACAACAAAUUCUGAACCUGUAUCGUGUAAUGAUCAAUUGCCAAUCGAAGAUGUUUCGAUGAGUUCUGUGAUGGAUAGUGAUGAUAACGUUUCUCAACAAUCAAAAGCUCCACUAGAUCCUACCACAAAAACUCAAGAUAGCGACUUAGUUUGUCAAUAUACAGAUCAAAGAAAAAUGCAACAGCAGGUUGAUAAUCAGGUUAAAAAACAAAAUCGUUUAGUAUCUGAAUUAACAAUGUGGCCUAAAUUUGCGCCAAGUAAUAGUAAAAGGUGUACGAGUACGAUUAAAUAUGCAACUACAAUUGGACAUAAGCGUUCAAAAAAAAACUAA